AUGGCGAAGAACAUCCACCUCAUAAGUGCUGCAAAGGCCAUCCGUGCAGCAAUAGUACAAGGAUUCCAGGCCAUUUCCAUGUCGUGGACCAUCGAUCCACCAAAGGACGACAGAGAGAGACAAGACCUAGAAAAUGCCGUCGUGGAGGCUGCCAACGCCAACAUCCUCAUGUUCUGCUCAGCAAGGGACAAAGGCGCUCACAACACCCCAACAUACCCCUCCAAAGCCACCGGCAAGAUAUUCACCAUCGGCGACGCGAACUCCUCAGGCGCAAGUGUAGAUUACGUCGGCGACGCCUCUGAGCUCAGCUACACGUUUCCCGGCGAUAAAGUCGAAGUAGACAGCGGUCCUACCAGAAGAACUCAAUCAGAGGUCGUGGACGGGUCAUCUGUAGCAACUGCACUGGCAGCUGGUCUCGCAGCCUUGAUUCUCUACUGCAUCCAAGUCAGAAUAUUCCUCGCGAAAGAUUCUGAGAAGCAAAAGGCUCGUGAGGCUUAUAAGAAGUUGAAGCAGCAUGAAGGAACGGUGAAGGCGUUUGAUGCUGUUGAAACGAAAAAGGAGAGUAAUCACAAGUUUCUCAAGGUCUGGGAGGUUUUUGGAAAAAGUGUUGAGCAGAAGGAUCAGAAGCCACAGGGAGAAUGGCUUCAGUUGGUUGCCGACGUUGGAACGAGGUUAUGUGUAAAGAUCUACUAA